AUGACUACCACCUCAUCUCUUCCAAGCGGCGUCGCCAAGAAGAGGAAGCUCAAGGUGAGCCGGAAUAAGAAAAAGUCAUGGCGAAAGCACACCGACAUCAAGGAGAUUGAGGACUUUCUUGAAAACAAACGCUUUGAAGAGCGAGUUGGAGUCGCCGCCGCUGAAGUUAAAGAUGAGGACCUUUUUAUGAUUGAAAAGACGGGCGAUGAUAAGGCGUACCAGGAGAAACUGGAAACGAUGCAAAAGCGACAGGAGGCCAUCAGCGUCGAGUCGUCUCGGCUUCGUGGCCUUUCAAACGGUUACAAGCUGUACGGUAAACUGGAGUCUUCGUCAAAUGUGCCUGCUGUACGGUCAAAGGAGGCACCACGAGACCGAAGAAAGACGGUGCACAAUGAUCCGCUCAAGUUGGAGAAGUUGUGGACUGACAAGCAGGCGAACAUCACCGCCGCCAGAAAGGCAAAGACCGCCAAAGCGGCCGCCUACGCUGACCCAAAGAAGAACUUUAAAACAUUUGAUCUUUGGGACGAAGGCAACUCCAAACCGAACUCUGAACUAACUCGAGAGGACGUUCUCGUGCAUCCGCCCCCGAAGUUGAAGGUGCCCGCUCGCCUACGCAAUAAGCCCUCACUACUGCCUGCCGUUGAGGUACCAGUUGGUGGCCAGUCGUACAAUCCACACCGUGAUGAUCAUAAACAGCUGAUCCUCGAGGCGGCAAAUAAGGAAAUGGAAAAGAUCAACGAGGAGAACAAGUGGGCGAAAAAGGUGGACAAGUACUUUGUUUCAAAGCAGCAGGCAGCCAUCAACAACAAAGAGCUGAUCGACGAAAUGUCCCAAGGCCUGGGACUUGGUGACAAUGAGGACGAGGAGGCCGGUAAAAUGACCACUGCGGAGGAUCUCGCUGAGAUUGCCCAGUUUGCUAAACUGGUGAAGGGAAGUGAAAAGAAAACAAAGCAGCAACGACGACGGGAGGCACUUGCCAGACAGGAGAAAAAGGCAAAGGAAGCGGAGAAGAAGCUAAAACAAAAAGAGAAUGAGAUCUUCCGUUUGAAGACCUUCAAAAAGGAGCUCAAUGAGCGAGACCGGAGAAUGGCCCGUCGAUCGGAGAUGCGCGCCCAGCGACACAUUGAAUCGCUCUACAAGCCGAAGAAGCUGAGCAAGUACAAGUUUGAGGAGAGUGAAAUUCCCCUUAAUCUGCCUGGGGAGGUGUCUGGCUCGCUGAGGACGGUCAAGGCGCAGGGCAAUCUACUGGAGGAUCGCUUCAAGAGUCUUCAAAAGCGAAACAUCAUCGAGCCGCGCGUUCCGCAGAAGCUAAAGCGCAAGUUCAAGCUGAAGAAGGAGGUGAAGCGGCGGCACAAGGACGGCGCCGACGGACUGAUCGUCGAGACGGAGAAGGCUUGA